UUUGGUUUGCGGUGGAGCAGUGUUUCUGUUGCUGUCUGUCUGUCUGUCUGUCUGUACGUACGCACUGGGGACUAAACUCAUGGACAAGGAAACAGAAGACAAGGCAACAAGUCCGGUGUGAAGUCGGAGUUUAUUUCAGGGGCAGCAGCGCUGAGUCUUUGACACCACAGUGAAACGUAACAAUGGUUAAACGAACUUAAACAUUGUAGCGGGUUGCUUUGCGCGUCUUUUUUUUCAUAAUGAGCUAACUUAGGUGUAGCUAAGACGGAAGAGACCAACACAGUAAUCAAUGAUAGGCUUCACAUAGACUACAGUGUGCUUAUUUAAAAGGCAUCUCCUUCAAAGUUAAAGGAUGUCUAAACGCCUGCGGAACACUGACGUCUGCGCUGAUUGUAGUGUCUCAGAGCCUCGUUGGGCCUCGGUAAACAGAGGAGUUUUGAUUUGUGAUGAAUGCUGCAGCGUUCACCGCAGCCUAGGAAGACACAGCUCGCAAGUCCGGCACCUGACACACACACCAUGGCCUCCUACACAGAUCCAGAUGGUUCAGACCUUGUAUGGUAACGGUGCAAACUCCAUAUGGGAGCACUCCCUCCUGGACCCUGCAUCUGUAAUGAGUGGGAAACGCAAGGCUAACCCCCAGGACAAACUGCAUCCAAACAAGUCUGAGUUCAUUCGAGCCAAAUAUCAGAUGUUGGCUUUUGUCCAUCGCCUUCCUUGCAGAGAAGAUGACAGUUCAACAGCUAAAGAUCUGAGUAAGCAACUUCACUCCAGUGUUCGAACAGGGAAUCUGGAAACUUGUUUGAGAUUGCUGUCUCUGGGAGCACAGGCUAAUUUCUUUCACCCCGAAAAAGGAAACAGUCCAUUGCAUGUAGCUGCAAAGGCAGGGCAGGUAUCUCAGGCUGAGCUGUUAACUGUUUAUGGGGCAGAUCCUGGAGCCCCUGACAGCAAUGGAAAAACACCUGUUGACUACGCAAGGGAAGCCGGCCACCAUGAGCUGGCUGACCGACUGGUGGAGAUUCAGUAUGAACUGACAGAUCGACUGGCUUUUUAUCUGUGUGGCAGGAAACCAGACCAUAAAAAUGGCCAGCACUUCAUUGUUCCACAAAUGGCUGACAGUGGUAUAGAUUUAUCAGAGUUGGCCAAAGCAGCAAAGAGGAAACUUCAAUCUCUCAGUAAUCACUUAUUUGAGGAGCUGGCCAUGGACGUGUAUGAUGAGGUUGACAGAAGAGAAACCGAUGCAGUGUGGUUGGCCACCCAGAAUCACAGCACCUUGGUGACAGAAACAACAGUGGUGCCUUUCCUUCCCGUGAAUCCAGAAUAUUCAUCAACACGAAACCAGGGGAGGCAGAAGCUGGCAAGAUUUAACGCACAUGAAUUUGCUACUCUUGUCAUCGACAUACUAAGUGAUGCCAAACGAAGACAACAAGGCAAUUCAGUGUCUAGUCCCAAAGAAAACAUUGAACUCAUCCUGAAGAGUGUGGGUGUCAGACACUGCAGUGACAGUCAGGAGAUUGACCAGCCCGACUAUGACAGCGUGGCAUCCGAUGAGGACACAGAUCAAGAGCUCCUGUCCAGCAAAGAAGAUAGGACAAAAAGUCUGGACUCUGACAUCUCAGACGGCCCUAUUACUGUGCAAGAAUACAUGGAGGUUAAAAAUGCACUGUCUGCAUCUGAAGCCAAAAUACAGCACCUCAUGAAAGCUAACAGCAACCUGAGUGAUGAGCUGAGGCUAAUGCAGAAAAAGCUGCAAUCUCUGCAAAGUGAGAACACUUCAUGUUACAAUAUCCCUCUAAAAAAAGACAAGAGAAAAAAGAAUUAUAAAAAAUCUUCCAGUCCCUCGGCCCUGAAACACCGACAGUCUGCUCGGGCCAGUCGGCCCAUGUCUAUGUAUGAGACUGGCUCUGGCCUGAAGCCCUAUCUCCCCAAAGGUGACACUUCUUACCCUGAAGAGGGUAUUCCCACCCUGCAGCCCUUCCCACCUCAUGCCUCCAAGUUAGAGAAGCAGAGCAGCGUGCCAGAGAGUGACUACGACAACACGUUCUAUGACUCUGAGAUGGAUGAUUCCAGUCUGUGCAGAAGGGGGAGGCUAAGGAGCAGUGGCUGGUUGGGAGAAGGCACUUCUAUUCCUGAGGUGGACAACAUGGAUACGGAGUCUGACCCCACACUUCCCAGCACUGAAGACGUCAUCAGGAAAACAGAGCAGAUCACCAAGAAUAUCCAGGAGCUGCUGCGAGCAGCUCAGGAAAACAAACACGACAGCUUCAUUCCAUGUUCAGAAAGAAUACACGUGGCUGUGACAGAAAUGGCUGCCCUCUUUCCUAAGAGGCCACGCUCAGAAACUGUGAGGAGCUCUCUGCGCUUGUUGACCUCCAGUGCCAACCGGCUGCAGAACGAGUGCAGGAAGGCGGUGCCUCGAGAAGGCUGCCCAGGGCCGGACAUGCAGCUGGUCACUCAGCAGGUCAUUCAGUGUGCUUACGACAUCGCCAAAGCUGCCAAGCAGCUCGUCACUAUCACCACCAAGGAGAAUACAAACUAGAAGCAUCGAUAUGGUGGCAGAGCAGGCAGCAUCUCAACGGUGCUCUUAAUUGUUUUUUGUUGUUGUUGGUAUUUGUAUUUGUGGGAUAUGCAUGCAUUUUUAUUUAUGACUUAACAAAACAUGAGAUAUCAAUGUCAGGAAUAACAAGGGAAAUUAAGAAUUACCUAAAAUGCUGUGUCAUGAAAAUGUGAUUCUUUCUAGAUAACUAAAAAGAGUCGAAGGCAAAAAAAAAAAAAAAAAAAGACCUAAGCAAAAAACAGUCAAACUGCAGGAUGCUACGAGUAUGUGAUUUACUCUAAAGUCAGGGAGAAGCCAUACCUGAAUCCGCUUUAAUCAAAUAUUACUGUAAACACUAGAGGUAGAUAAUGAUGCGUUUUUUAUGUGGAACCCGUGGGACAGUGCUCCAGACACAAACUGUUCUACCGUGCGUCUGAGGUCGGUCCUCACCUGGAGGUGAUGCCAUUGCAGCUUUAAAGUUGCAUAGUAAAAUGAAUUAUUUUCUAAAUAAACUUAAUUUAUAAAUA